CCCUCUCGCGCGGCGGCGGUGGGGGCGGGGAUCGGUUCCGAUCGUAGUACUCACGCCGAGGAGGACGGUCAAAGUCCCGGUCGUCACGCCGCUCUCUGGAAUCGCGCCCACGGUCUCGGAUGCCUCGGCGUGGCGGGGGGGGAGGAGGAGGAGGCGAUGCGGCUUCGGGGGCAGCAUCAGAAGGGGCGGCGUCCGAGGGCUUGUCAGUGCUGGCGUUUCUUUCUCGGCGGCGGUCAAGGUUUUCCUCUGAAGCGUCCAGAACUUCGGCCAUCGGCGACGAGAUGGGGAUUGGGGAGUGAGGAGCAGCCGAGUCUGAAUUUGGGGAUUUUACUUUUUAUGAUGGGGAGAGACCAGAGAGGGGAAGGGAUGGGAAGAAAGUGCAAAAGCCAAAAC